ACUUUGUUUAGGAACAUUUUAAUAAUUUUAAUUUUUUCAUUUUAUAUUUAAUGACAUUUUCUCAUAGUCAAACAAUUUUGAAUAUUUAACCACACGACAUACAUAAUUUAACGUGUUAGUAUAUGCAUUUGUAAAAUUAUUGUUUUUCUUUUUAUUUGUCCUCUGAUCGAUGAGGACUAUUUUGUAGGUAAUUAAUGGUGGAUUGUUUAUAAUAUAGAGCUGAGAGUCCGUUCUCGAUCCAUCAUUCAGUAUAUUCAACUACACAAGACACCAUCAUUAGCACAAACUUUUACUUGUCCCGUUUCCUUCAAUUAUCAGACGUGAAAAAUACCAAAGAGACUAUUAGGGGUCUAAAGGGCUGACUCUCCCCCUUAGUUUUCCUCGACAGCAAAGCCCUCAUCAUUUGGUUUUCUUUCCUUUUCAUCUCUUCCUCUUUAACCCCACCAUUAAACUAAAUUAAAAUCAUAUCGCACGCAGAAAAAAACUUGAGGACAAAAAAAAGGAAAGAGAAAAUAAAAUAGGUUUUAGAUUAACACGCGCUCAUUAGUAUAAACUUCUAGAGAUGGAAUUAACUCUUGAGUGUUGCUUACCACCAAAUGGCUUGAUGAUUAUAUCUGAAAACACUUGCCACCUUUUCAUUUGUAGGGUUCAUAAUACACUUACUUCAGCUUUUUAGCUUUUCAUAGAUCUUAUUAAUAUGGCUACUGUAUUUGUUUCAUGCCCCAUUUAUUGGAUAUCAUAUAAAGGUGAUGGAGUAAAAGAGGUGCAAUUAAUGUGUUGAUCUUGUCUCAAUUGGUGCUGAAUUUUAUGCAGACUAAAAUAAACACAGUAGUGGUGAAUAUGGAUACAAACGAAUCAUGCGUUCCACCUGGAUUUCGAUUUCAUCCAACAGAUGAAGAACUCGUCGGAUACUAUCUUAGAAAGAAAAUUGCAUCACAAAAGAUUGAUCUUGAUGUUAUUAGAGACAUUGAUCUUUACAGAAUCGAACCAUGGGAUCUGCGAGAUAAAUGCCGGAUCGGAUAUGAAGAGCAGAACGAGUGGUAUUUCUUCAGUCACAAGGAUAAGAAAUAUCCAACAGGGACGAGAACGAAUAGGGCAACAAUGGCAGGGUUUUGGAAGGCUACAGGAAGAGACAAGGCUGUGUACGAUAAAUUGAAACUUAUAGGUAUGAGGAAAACCCUUGUCUUCUACAAGGGUAGGGCACCUAAUGGCCAGAAAACUGAUUGGAUUAUGCACGAAUAUCGUCUCGAAUCCGAAGACAAUGGUCCUCCACAGGAAGAAGGAUGGGUGGUCUGUAGAGCAUUUAAGAAGAAAAUUACAGGGCAAACAAAGACCAAUAUGGGUGAAGGUUGGGAAUCAAAUUACUUUUAUGAAGAAGCAACUACUGCAGUCAGCUUAGUGGUAGAUCCUCUUGAAUACAUCACAAGGCAGCCUCUUCCUCCAAAUUUCAUGGCACAAAAUCUACUGUGCAAACAAGAGAUGGAAUUAGCCGAAAACAAUAAUCUCAACUUUCCAUAUAAUUCUGAUCAAUUUGUACAGCUUCCACAGCUACAAAGUCCCUCUCUACCACUCAUAAAAAGGCCAAUUAGCUCCAUGUCACUGGUGUCCGAGAAUAGUAAUCAAGAGGACGAUGAACAGACGAUAAAUAAAAGAUGUAGUACUAUUAAUAGUAGUACUAGCAAAAAUGUAACAGCAGAUUGGAGGGCACUUGACAAAUUUGUAGCUUCUCAAUUGAGUCAUGAUAAUCAUGAACAAGAGAGAACAUAUGAAACAAAUCAUGGGCUACUUUCUAGUUUUGAAGAAGAAGCUCACAAUUAUUCAGAUUUGGGAAUGUUGCUAUUGCUGAGUGAUAGAGAAGAAGGGCCAAAACUGAAUGAGAUUUUGAGUUCAAGCUCUGAUGGCUGUGAUAUUGGCGUUUGCAUAUUUGACAAAUGAUCAGCAGCUAUAGCACCAAAAAGAAAGGAGAAAAGAUAUAUACUUUUCUCAGGGAUGACUGAGUAGACUAUGAAAUUAUUAUAUAUACAUAUAUAUAUAUCAUGUAAGUAAAAGUUAUUAUUAUUUGUGAAAUGGUGAAGAGAAUCCAUUCCAGUGGAGUUGGCAAGUAUCGCGACGACGUUCCAGGAAUUUCUUUUGACGAAACUAGCAGCUAGAGGAAGAAUUGCAUUUAAUAAAAGACUUUACAAAUGCACAUGUGAUGGUGAAUUUCGUAUUUAAUUUAACCUUACUUUUGACGUCAAA